CUAGUAGUAACAACUCCAUCUACCUACCAUCCACAAUAUACUUUCUCCUCCUAAACCCACAUCUUAUUAAAAGCACCGAAGUAUUUACAAAAUGACCAACGACACCAAAUCCCCCGAAGGAUCCCCCUCCCCCCUCCGCCCCAUAACCCGCUGCAUAACCGGCCACAACCCGCAAACCGGCCAAGCGAUCAUCGAGCGGGACACCCUCAACGAAUGGCAAAGCUUCCCCGACCACGGCAUGGCCUUCAACGUCGUCUACUCGACAAACUCCAUGCCCGCCAACCUCGCCCAAGACGCGGACCUGACCGCCCACGACGCCACCAUCGCCUCCGGCAAGCUGGGCCUCGUCCCACCCGGCGGCACGGUCUGUCGCGUGGUGGACUUUGCGCCGGGGAACCCGUGUGUGGUGCACCGCACGCGCAGUCUUGAUAUUGGUGUUAUUGUGGAGGGGACGGUUGAGAUGGUGCUUGAUUCGGGGGAGAGGAAGGUGCUCGGGAGGGGGGAUGUCGUUGUGCAGAGGGCUACUAUGCAUGGGUGGGCGAAUCCGAGUCAGACGGAGUGGGCGAGGGUGAUGUUUGUAUUGCAGGAUAUUGAGCCGUUUGAGGUUGCGGGGAAGGAGGUUGUCGAGGAAUUGGGCGAGGCGAGGGAUGUUGUGAAGUCGAGUGGGAAUUGAUUGUUGGUUGGUUUGGGUACUUGUUUGAUCUGAUGUUGUGGCUGGGUUUGUUUAUGUAUAGCUGUGGAUCUGAUGGGAAGUAUAGCCAUGAGAUUGUGGUGUAGUGACAUUAUCUGCCAUACAGAUAGUAACCAUGUCUUGGUAUAUUAUAUACAUCACCGUCUUAUACUAUGUCUGGUCUAGAAG